AAACUUGUGGAGAAUGAUGCAAGGGGGAAGAAGAUCUUUUGCUACUAUUUCAAAACUUGCAUAAGAAGCUAGUGAAGAAUCAAAUCGAAAUCAAAUCAAAUCAAACAAUUUGGAUAAGAUAAAAUCAAGAAGUGGGGUCCGAUUCCUACCCAAAAUCAUAGCAACCCUUUAUCUCCUCUAAUCGAUCCCGCAAACAUUUGGAUUACAGCGAAAUUCCCAUUAUCAAUCGCUGAAGGACUCGGCAAGAUUCUGGGUUGCUGAAGUGGAGAUGGAAGGGCAACAAGAACAGUGGCGACAGAUUAGGGUUGUGAAUAUUGAAUCAAUGGAAUCGUGGAAUUUCUACUUGACCAAGGCCACUCAUCAAGAUUCUCUUGUUGUUGUGCACUUCACUGCUUCUUGGUGUAUGCCUUCGGUUGCCAUGAAUCCAUUCUUUGAAGAACUGGCAUUUAACUACCCAGAUGUUCUGUUUCUCUCUGUCGAUGUUGAUGAGGUUAAGGAAGUGGCUGCUAAACUGGAGAUAAAGGCAAUGCCAACUUUCUUGGUGAUGAAAAAUGGUACUCAGAUUGACAAGCUUGUGGGUGCAAAUCCAGAAGAGAUAAGGAAAAGGAUAGGUGCAUAUGCUGAGGCUAUACAUGUUGCAUAAUGUAAUGGUUUUAUGGUUGGUUUGGUGAUGAUGUAUAUUUGGUGUUGUAAUAUAUGGUUGUGGUUUUGGCAUCAGAUGGAGACAAGGUGUAGGUCUGGCUCUUGUUUAUGUGGUUUCCAGUCUCUCAUCAUGUAACUUCAAGUUUUUUGUACUGUUUUGCAUUCUGUUUAAUUACAUCUACCAUCAUGUUAUUAUUAUCCUGAGCUUGUGAAAUUUAAGGAAAUGGGUUCUGGGUUUUGGUGUCA